UCUUCCGCUGCACCAUGCCCGUCUUCCUGCCACCAGCAGCCUCGUGAGCAUCCCGGUCCCCCCUCUCGCCAGGCCUUCCGUAGCGGUGGAGGCAGGUGCCUUCUCUGGCGGCCAAUGAGGAGGCUUCUGCACGGCGCUGACGUCAGCCCCAUCGCUCUCAGCCUUUCUCGAGGACAGUGACUUGGUUGCCAGGGCGACGGAAGAACAUACUCCCCAGGCCGACUCUCCCGGCUUGACAUCGAGGCCGUAACACCGCCUGGAUGUCUGUCUCUCAGCUCCCAGGCUGGCUGGUGGCAUGGAGAGGAGAGGCCUAGCCCUGUGGAAGGAGUGCCUGUGAACCACAAAGCAAAUGGACAUCAAAGGUCAGUACUGGACUGAUGAUGAUUCUGAUGGAGAAAAUGAGUCGGAGGAGUUCUUGUAUGGAGUGCAGGGGACCUGUGCGGCGGACCUGUACCGCCACCCGCAGUUGGAUGCUGACAUUGAGGCCGUGAAGGAACUGUACAGUGAGAAUUCUGUGUCUGUCCGCGAAUAUGGGACCAUCGACGACGUGGAUAUUGACCUGCAUAUAAACAUCGGCUUUCUAGAUGAAGAGGUGGCAACAGCCUGGAAGGUCCUUCGGACCGAGCCCAUUGUCCUCCGACUGCGGUUCUCUCUUUCCCAGUACCUGGAUGGCCCCGAACCGUCCAUUGAAGUUUUCCAGCCAUCCAAUAAGGAAGGGUUUGGACUGGGCCUACAGCUGAAGAAGAUCCUGGGAAUGUUCACAUCCCAGCAAUGGAAACACCUCAGCAACGACUUCCUCAAGACCCAGCAGGAGAAGCGGCACAGCUGGUUCAAGGCCAGUGGCACCAUCAAGAAAUUCCGUGCCGGUCUCAGCAUCUUCUCACCCAUCCCCAAGUCUCCCAGCUUCCCUGUCAUCCAGGACUCCAUGCUGAAGGGCAAACUCAGCGUCCCAGAGCUGCGUGUCAAUCGCCUCAUGAACCGUUCCAUCUCCUGCACCAUGAAGAACCCUAAGGUGGAAGUGUUUGGCUACCCUCCCAGCACCCAGGCAGGUGUCGCCCCAUUCAACAUUCUGGUUGGUGGCCACUGCAAAAACAUCCCUACCUUGGAGUAUGGCUUCCUCGUGCAGAUCAUGAAGUAUGCCGAGCAGAGGAUCCCUACCCUGAAUGAGUACUGUGUUGUGUGUGACGAACAGCACGUCUUCCAGAAUGGAUCCAUGCUGAAGCCAGCUGUGUGCACACGGGAGCUGUGUGUCUUCUCUUUCUACACUCUGGGUGUGAUGUCCGGUGCUGCAGAAGAGGUGGCCACAGGAGCAGAGGUAGUGGACCUGCUGGUGGCGAUGUGCCGAGCCGCCCUGGAGUCUCCGCGCAAGAGCAUCAUCUUUGAGCCUUACCCCUCUGUUGUGGACCCCAGUGACCCUAAGACCCUUGCCUUCAAUCCGAAGAAAAAGAACUAUGAGAGGCUGCAGAAGGCUCUGGACAGUGUCAUGUCGAUCCGUGAAAUGACCCAAGGUUCCUACCUGGAGAUCAAGAAACAAAUGGACAAGCUGGACCCUCUGGCCCAUCCUCUCCUGCAAUGGAUAAUCUCCAGCAACAGGUCUCACAUCGUCAAGCUACCUCUCAGCAGGCAGCUGAAAUUUAUGCACACCUCUCACCAGUUCCUCCUCCUGAGCAGCCCCCCUGCCAAGGAAGCCCGCUUCCGAACAGCCAAGAAGCUCUAUGGCAGCACUUUUGCCUUCCAUGGCUCUCACAUUGAGAACUGGCACUCCAUUCUGCGCAACGGGCUGGUCAAUGCAUCCUACACCAAACUGCAGCUGCAUGGAGCAGCCUAUGGCAAAGGCAUCUAUUUGAGCCCCAUCUCCAGUAUUUCCUUUGGAUAUUCAGGGAUGGGGAAAGGCCAGCACAGGAUGCCCUCCAAGGAUGAGCUGGUGCAGAGGUAUAACCGAAUGAACACCAUCCCCCAGACUCGAUCCAUCCAGUCCAGGUUCUUGCAGAGUCGCAAUCUGAAUUGCAUCGCACUUUGUGAAGUGAUCACGUCAAAGGAUCUCCAGAAGCACGGCAACAUCUGGGUGUGUCCAGUGUCGGACCACGUCUGCACUCGCUUUUUCUUCGUGUAUGAAGACGGCCAAGUUGGAGACGCCAACAUCAAUACUCAGGACCCCAAAAUCCAAAAGGAGAUAAUGCGUGUGAUUGGCACUCAGGUCUAUACAAAUUGAAGGGGUGGAGGACCCCGUUCCUUUAGCUUGUGCCAAUGUUGCCCCUGCCCCUCCAUGGGUAGAAGGGAGCCAGAGGUCAGAGGCUGCCAACGAAGUGAUGAUAACCCAGGCUGGAUGGAGACCUGGAUCCACAGGAGGGGGCAAAGGGGCAACCAGCAUCAUUUCUGGGCAGCAGAGGCCCCUGGAGCGCCCCUGGAAGGGUGGAAGCGGAUCUACCCAGCCUGCACCUAGAAUAUACAGAGAGACUCUCCAAUGGGGGGGGACUUGGACCAAAUCCCAAGGACAGUUGGGGUGGCUGACUUUGCGCUCCCACGUUUACAGUGACAACAUUUUUAACAAUGAAAACAAGCAAAAAA